GUCUGCUGGCUGCAAGUCCUCGGCACUGUUCCAGGCCAGGCCACGGAUUCCAGGAUUCUACAAGCAAGAACGGUCUACCUGUCAGAGCUGGGCAGGUACGAGCCAAGAGAGUGGCUACAAUGACUUCAGCAGUUCUGGUGGACAUCCGAGAUGAAGUCACCUGCCCUAUCUGCUUGGAGCUCCUGACAGAACCCCUGAGCAUAGAUUGUGGUCACAGCUUCUGCCAGGACUGCAUUACAGGAAGCAGCAACAAGUCAGUGCCCAACCAAGAAGGGAAGAGCAGCUGUCCUGUGUGCCGGACGGCCUACCAGCCUGGAAACCUCCGGCCUAAUCGACACCUGGCCAUCAUUGUGAAGAGGCUCAGAGAGGUCGUGCUGGGCCCAGGAAAGCAGCUAGAGGUCAUUCUUUGUGCACUUCAUGGAGAAAAACUCCAGCUUUUCUGCAAGGAGGAUGGGAAGUUAAUUUGCUGGCUUUGUGAGAGAUCUCAGGAACACCAUGGUCAUCACACAUUCCUCAUGGAGGAGGUGGCCAAGGACUACCAGGAGAUGUUCCAGGAGUCUCUGAAGAAGCUGAGGAAGGAGCAGCAGGAAGCUGAGAGGCUAAAAGCUCUUAUCCAAGAGAAGAGGGAAUCCUGGAAGAAUCAGGUGGAGCCUGAGAGACACCGGAUCCAGACUGAAUUUAAGCAGCUGCGGAGCAUCCUGGAUCGGGAGGAACAGAGGGAACUGAAGAAACUGGAGGCAGAAGAGAAGAAGGGGCUGAGCAUCAUCGAGAAGGCAGAGGGGGACCUUAUCCACCAGAGCCAGUCACUGAAAGAUCUCAUCUCAGACCUGGAGCACCGGUGCCAGGGGUCCACAGUGGAACUGCUGCAGGAUGUGGGCGAUGUCACAAAAAGGAGUGAGUUCUGGACCCUGAGGAAGCCUCAAGCUCUCCCUACCAAGCUGAAAAGUUUGUUUCGAGCGCCGGAUCUGAAAAAGAUGCUGCGAGUCUUUCGAGAGUUGACAGACGUCCAAAGCUACUGGGUGGACGUGACUCUGAAUCCACAGACAGCUAAUUUAAAUCUUGUCCUGUCUAAAAACCGAAGACAGGUGAGGUUUGUGGGUGCCAAGCUGUCCGAGCCUUCCUGCCUGGAAGAACAUUAUGACUGUAGUGUCCUAGGCUCUCAGCACUUCUCCUCAGGAAAAUACUACUGGGAGGUGGACGUGACCAAGAAGACGUCGUGGAUCUUGGGUGUAUGCAGUAACCCUGUAGAACCCAUGUUCUCUUUCAGUCAGUAUCCCUGCAAGCAGAGUGCCUUCUCCAGGUAUCAGCCCCAGAGCGGAUACUGGGUAAUUGGGUUGCAGCAUAAGCACGAAUACAGAGCCUAUGAGGACUCCUCCACCUCCCUGCUCCUCUCCAUGACAGUGCCACCUCGCCGCAUAGGGGUUUUCUUAGACUAUGAGGCCGGCACUGUCUCCUUUUAUAAUGUCACAAACCAUGGCUUGCCCAUCUACACCUUCUCUAAGUAUUACUUCCCCACUGCCCUUUGCCCAUAUUUCAAUCCCUGUAGCUGUGUAGUCCCAAUGACUCUGCGUCGACCAAGCCCUGUCAGGUCUUCUGCUCCCCACUGGAUCACCAAGGUUGCUGCAUCGCCGUCUAUCGGCGGCCUAGAGUUUUGCCAGCCCUUGGGCCCAGAAGUUUCUUCCGCUUUCCUGCUCCAGCUGGCCUGGAGUUUCAGUUUCUUUUCUCCGGUAUCGGGAGAGGGAGGGGCUGCUGAUAGGCUGAACCCGGGUGCUGAGCAAAGCUUAUUGCCCUUGGCUUUUCCUCACCGCUUCAGCCUGGAGGAAAGAUUUCGCCUUCGGGGCCAGAGAACUGAGAGGAGGAUGUUGCCUUCCAGGGGAAUUGCAGAGCAAGGAGUAGGAGGUGGGCAUGGGGGAUGCUACAAUGAAAACAUGCUUGGUGAGGAAGGGGCGGUCUCAAAGGGCAGCAGUAUAAUGGCUUCCGAGGUCCCGAUGAAUGUAGAGGAGGCCAUCUGCCCUGUCUGCCAAGAGCCUUUAAAAGAACCCCUGAGUCUAGGAUGUGGCCACAAUGUAUGCAAAGCCUGCAUCACCAUGAACAAGAAGAAUGCAGUGGUCAACCGCAGAGAGAAAAGCAGCUGUCCUGUGUGUGGUACUAGAUUCUCAUUUAAAACUCUACAGGUUAAUCGGCACCUGGUAGAUGUAGUAGAGAGACUUAAGGAAGUCAAACUGAACCCUGAUACUGGGACAAAAAGAGAUCUUUGUGUACAUCAUGGAGAGGAACUCCUUCUCUUCUGUAAGGAAGACAGGAAGGUUAUUUGCCGGCUUUGUAUGCAUUCUCGGGAGCAUCGUGAUCACAUCACCUUCCUCCGGGAGGAAGCAGUCAGGGAAUAUCAGGAGACUCUCCAGAAAGCUCUCAAGAGGCUGAGGGAGGAGCAGGAGAAGGCGGAGAAAUUGGAAGCUGAUAUCAAAGAAGACAGAAUCUCCUGGAAGUGCCAGAUCCAGACUGAGAGACAAAGGAUACAAACAGGGUUUAAUGAGCUUAGAAGAGUCCUGAAUGAGGAGGAACAGAGAGAGCUAAAAAGAUUGGGGGAGGAAGAGCAGCUCAUAGUGGACAGCCUGGCAGAGGCGGAGGCUGAGCUGGCUCAACAGAACCAGUUGGCAAAAGAACUUAUCUCAGAUCUGGAGCAUCGGCACCAGUGGUCGGCUACAGAGCUACUGCAGGAUAUGAGCGGUAUCUUGAAAUGGAGUCAGAUCUGGACAUUGAAGAAGCCAAAAGUGGUUUCUAAGAAACUGAAGAAGGUAUUCCAAGCUCCUGAUCUGAGCGACAUGCUCAGAAAGUUCAGAGAGCUAACAUCUGUCCGGGGCUACUGGGUGGACUUCACAUUUAAUCCAGAAAACCUAAAUUUGAAUCUGAUUCUUUCAGAAGACCACAGACAAGUGACAUCUGUGCCCAUUUGGCCAUUUAAGUGUUAUAAUAAUGGUAUCUUGGGCUCCAAAUGUUUCUCCUCGGGAAAAUAUUACUGGGAAGUGGAUGUGUCUAAGAAGAGUGCCUGGACCCUGGGAGUUUACGCUAGAAAACGCACUUUAAAGUUUGAUGUUAGACGAGGCAAAAAUCAGCCAAAUGUUCACCACAGAUACAAACCUCAGAAUGGCUACUGGGUAAUAGGGUUGCAGGAUGGAUCAAAGUACAGUAUUUUUGAGGAUUCUUCCAACUGUGAUCCUACAGUUCUGACCCCCUUUGUGUCUGUCCCUCUCCAUCGGGUUGGGGUUUUCCUUGACUGUGAAGAGGGCAUAGUGUCCUUCUUCAAUGUCACAAACCAGGGGUCACCCAUUUACACGUUCUCUCAAUGCUGCUUUUCCCAACCUGUUUAUCCAUACUUCAAUCCAUGGGAUUGCCCAGCCCCCAUGACCCUGUGUCCUCUGAACUCCUGACAUUUCUCAUUCUCACCCAUUUCUGGUAUUACUUUUUGCCUUGAGGCUCCCCUCCAUCUGGACAUUCAGGCAUCUUUUCCUGUGGUCUCCCUUUUCAUACUUAAAAACUUUUGGUCAUGCUUAGAUGUGGUGAUUCUAGAAUCAUUUAGGAGAGAUGCUUACCACUCUUGUUCAUAUACUCAAAGACAGCUAAUCAAGCUGAAAGCUAGCUAAAUCAAUCAGAAUGACCUCCAUGCCCUCCAAUUUCCAUAUUUCCCCUCUGUCUUCAAGAAAUGUGAUAAAGCCAGCCAGCCACUCACCCGUGUUACUUAAGACAAUCCAUAAGAACUGGCCCUCUGGCCACCACUAAUGAGAAUAUGUUGGUUUUCCCAGGAUACCUCAUGUUCCACAGAGAGUCAAGGAAUAGAAAACAUAAGCAGUAAUGUAUAGCCUAGAGUUGGGGUUAUGUCUGGUAGACAAAUUGAAAUUCUGCCUCUUAUAAACUGUAAUAAAUUCAGAGGUUUUUUUUUUUAAGCUGAAAAUUGAAAUGCAUAUAACUUAAGAUUAUUGUAUGAAACUAAAUAUCAGUAAAUAUAAAAUGCUCACUUGA